CGCAGUACUGCACUGACUGCACCCUGCGGCGAGAUGUGAUGUGUGAACUGCUCCAGUAGUGGAAAGCGGUUUGAGGUUAGGUCCCGUUCGAACCGCGACACAUGAAUUAUCGAUUAGACGUCUUUCGCAUUUAGCGCGGCCAAAACAAUACCGCGGCCGAUCGCGCGCGUCCGGAUGCAACGAUGGUGGAGAACGGACCGGCGUGCCGUAGGUUAAGUACCCCCGUUGACGUUGUGCCGCCAGUGAACGACAUCCGCGAGCAACACUGACUCGAGACGGCUGAAGAUGAGCCGGCUAUGGAACUACCUGGUGUUUCAGGCAUGGAUGUCCUACCUGAUGGCGGCCGGGCUGCUGGUCUUCACCAGCGGCUUCCUCCUCAAUCGCGUCUCCCGGCCGGAGCGUGCCGAAUGCGCGCGGUGCACGGCGGCCGGCGGCGAUUGCGACACGGCGGGCAUUCUCCAGGACACGGAGCGCGCCGCCAAGGUAUGCCUCGAGCGCAGAGCGCGGGUCGUGCUCCUGAUCGUCGACGCCUUGAAGUACGAGUUCGCCGAGUGGCACGACGACACCGCCGCCGUCUCCUCCUACCAUCGCAACAAAUUGCCUGUGAUUCACGAGCUACUGCAGAAACAUCCGUCGCACUCUCGGCUGUACAGAUUCAUGGCUGAUCCACCCACCACGACGAUGCAGCGCCUAAAGGGCCUGACAACGGGCUCCCUGCCCACUUUCAUAGAGGUAGGCUCGAACUUCGCCUCGGAGUACAUCCAGGAAGACAAUCUCAUUGACCAAAACGCCGCCGGGGGUAUCGUUUUCAUGGGGGACGACACGUGGACCAAUCUAUUUCCGGAUAAAUUUAUGAGGCAGUUCCCGUCGCCGUCGUUCAACGUCUGGGAUCUGGACAGCGUGGACAAGGACGUUCAGUAUCGCAUCUUCUUUGAGAUGAAGAAGAAGGACUGGUCGCUACUGAUAGCGCACACCCUCGGGGUUGAUCACUGCGGGCACAAACACGGCACGCAGCAUCCAGAAAUGACGAGGAAAUUGAAUGAUACGAAUACGCUUAUAAAGGAGAUUGUAGCAUCUCUCGAGAAGGACAUGAUGCUUUUCGUUGUUGGAGAUCACGGUAUGACUGAGACGGGAGAUCACGGUGGUGACAGUCCCAACGAAGUGGAGGCCGCGAUGUUCGUUUACUCGACGACUCCGCUGCUGAAGGGAUUUGCGAUCGAUGACGACGAUAGCGUAAAUCAAAUUGAUCUCGUUCCCACCCUGGCGUCGAUUCUCGGCACGCCAAUUCCCUUUUCCAAUUUAGGAUCCGUAAUACUCGAUUGUUUGCCAAGUAGAUCGGAGGAGAUGGCUGCCGGUCAAUUAUUAUAUCCGUUGCAUUCUCUGUGGAAGAACAUUGCCCAAACGAAGAAGUACAUAGAGAUAUAUUCCGCGGAUACGUACUUGUUUUCGAAAGAGCAGCUGCAGCAUUUGCAUUAUAUAUACAGUCUUCUCUCGGAGCGAGUUAAGCAAGUUGACAGCUUUGAAAAACUAGAAGCUUUUAUUCGGGACACCAAAGGCUAUUUUAAGUUGUUGAAGGACACGUGUUCGGAAGUAUGGGUCCAAUUUGAUUCCGGACUAAUUUCCAAGGGUUUACUUUUGAUGUUUUGUUCCUUGUUUUUCUUUUACCUCUUCAUCACCGGUAUCCCUGAGAGUCGUAUGUGUGAUAUAUUUAAAUCUUCAUUCUUGCAAUGCGCUAUCAUAGCAAAUUUAAUUACCGCGGCAAUUACCACGUGUUUGUUUCUGUUAAAUAUUUUAGAGGAAUUGAGAAAUACAACGUUUUUCGUCACUGGCGCGGUUUCUGUCGGUCUACUGGUCAUAGUGAUCGCUCAAAAUUGGGAUGUCAUAUCGAUGUGCUGGUACGAUCAUCGUCGAAUCAAGCUGUUGACUUAUGUAGCGAGGAUAAUACUUCUUCUAACGGUAUGCGGGCUCUUCUCCAACAGUUACAUAGUUGAAGAAGACAAAGUCUUAUCCUUCCUGUUCGUUACGCUCGUUUGCCUGCUCAUAUUUGACCUGAGAAAGAACGAUCCCGAUAGUACUUCCGAGAGGAAAACAAGAUUUACUUCGAAACCAAUCAAAUCAAAUUUUAGGACACCCGUGCUAAUUAUCGGUUUAUUAGCGUGUGCCGCGGUGAGGCUGUCGCAUUAUUUCUGGCGUUGUAGAGAGGAGCAUCUACAACGGGAAUGUUCUAUAUUUGCAACCGGCAAAGUUGGCUGGUCAACAGUGCCGAAUAACUGGGAGCGCGCGCUACUCGCCGUUCUACUCGCUUCAGUCAUCCUGGCGUCAUACGUGGUGAUAGUUAGAUUAUGGUUGCAAAGUUGUGGAAAUCUCACGGGCUUUGCCCCGAGCGUCAUGAUAGGACAGUACUGUCCGGUUAUCGUAAGCGUUUGCAUGGGUUGCUACUGGAUUCUGCAAAAGUUCCCGAAGUUUGUCAAGCCGAAACUCGCGUUGUCCUGGGAGAUCAAUACGCUACCUAAUGUGGUUUACUUCUUCUGCGCCCUCGCGAUCCUCGUCCUCUACUAUCGUCCGCUUAGUAUAUACUUGCUGCCAAAGAAGAAGGAAUCCAUCGACGUCUACCGUGAUGAAAACAUAGUGCCUCGAUUAUUCGAAAAGAUAAAAGACUCCAUUUCCCGCAAACGAAUAGAUACCGAUGAGCUCCCGGUCAUUUAUGGUUUCGGGACUGCCUACAGCGCUGCAUUUAUCUCGUUAAGCGUAUUUCUCACACUUUUGUACGCAUUAUUGCUGGGAGAUAUUCUAUCGCCUGGUACAUUUUUGAUGUUCAUAACGUGCGCUUGCGUAUUGGGUUUGUCCGCGAUAGAAAGAUACAAAAAUGCUAAUAGUAUUUCUGAGCUAGUUGACGUAUCGAUGCCUGUGUUACUUUGCUGGUUUUUACUAGCUGAAUAUUUCUUUUAUGGGACUGGCCAUCAGGCAACGUUUCCUACCAUUCACUGGCAUGCUGCCUUUGUAGGAACUGGCGGCCACUUUUACGGAAACUUAGUGUCGGCAAUUUUAAUCGGUAUUAAUACAUUUGGAUCGCAUAUUAUACUGGGUGCAACGUUACCACUAUUAGUGGUCGUGCCAUUUACAUUGCAUCGGAUAUUCCCGAAGUUUCUCAAGGCCAAGUUUUUUGAUGAUAUAAAGAGGGGCGAACUUCUCCUGUUCGAACAAGAUUCUGCUUUUCACGCUGCAAUUUUCGCGAUUGCGGGGAAAUACACGAUGCUUCACGGAAUUCGGACUUUCGGCAGCAUGCUCGCGGCGACUAUACACUGUCGGCAUUUAAUGGUUUGGAAGAUAUUCGCGCCAAAGCUAAUAUUCGAGGGAUUAGGAUUCCUGGUAACAUUGGGUAGUAUACUAGCAUCGUUUUACAUGGUAUUUCGUAUUGAUCAACAAAUGGAAUAUCUUAUCACUAGAGUCACUAAAAGCAGAUGAUAGUGACUCAUCCUUAAGGGAGUAUAGUACAAUCGAUAGCAAAGUACCAAAGUCGUUAAGAAUACUUCGCUUUUGCGACGAAUCCGAAAGUGGCUCGUUACUUACGAAUAUAUAGAUCGUAUCUUUAGUAAUUCGAAUUAUUAAGAACGGGCAACAUACAAGUCUAUACUUACCGAUACUGCCAGUAUUUCCACAAUUUUGUAUGAAAGUGUAACAAGGGUAAAAACGAAAUCAGGUAUAUCUAGCAAGUAUUAUAAAUAACAUUUUUCGUACCGAAGUAAAGAAACUUCUUGUCUCUCCA